UUUGUUUCAAUCACAUCUACCUAUAGCCAGAGGUCGUUUCGAUAUAAACAUAAAGGGAUGUGAACGUUUAAGAAAAACAUUCCAUUAUAAUUACUGUUAGGUAAAUAAAGAGAGAGAGUCUAACUACUUCAAAUUGUCUUUGAUAAAAAGAUUUGAAACGAAAAUCGUCUAAUCACCGGGUGAAAGCCCAAAUGGGAGUGUAAUAUAUCAAUAAAUCAACCUACUACGUUCAAUGCUAGGUGUGAUUGUGAUAGGAUAUUUCCAAAAACUAUAGUAUUUGCUCUCAAGUAUUCAAAUGGUCUCUUAGGUCAUGGCAUCUAAAUUAUUUCUGAUUUCGUUGAUUUUCUGACGUUGUGUGUAAUCGACUCAAAUUAAUUAACUUAAGGUAAAGAAAGCUCAAUUAAAAAUAACUGUUUUGUUAACAGUAUACACACUUUCAAAUAUUUGAUUUAAAAAAAUAUCUUAACAUUUGGACCCCUAUUAUUGUACUGCCUCUGUAUGCCUUCUAUCUCCGCAUGAUUGUCUAUGGAAAAUAGUUGUAAAUAAACAGAGUGGUUUUUUCCUCCUAGCGAUGGGGCAUGCAAUUUAUUGACAUUUAAAAAUAUUCGUCUCUGAGUAAGUUACAAAGAAACCAAACCAUGACGAACAGCAAGUGCAAGAACUGCGGCUGCUCGGAAAUAGACGUCGACCCGUCCCGCGGGGAUGCCGUGUGCACGAACUGUGGUGUUGUCCUUGAGGACAGCAUCAUUGUCUCGGAGGUCCAGUUCGAAGAGAACGCUCACGGAGGGGGUUCUGCCAUUGGCCAGUUUGUGUCCUCCGAGUCGUCUGGCGGCAUCACCAGCUUUGGUGGCUCAUUUCACACUGGAUUGGGAAAGGAAUCAAGAGAAAUCACUCUAAAAAAUGCUAAAAACGCAAUUUCUAAUCUUGCACAGCAAUUGAGGUUGAAUCAGCACUGUGUGGAAACUGCGUUCAAUUUCUACAAAAUGGCACUGACGCGUCACCUGACUCGAGGAAGAAAGAAUUCUCAUGUUGUAGCAUCGUGCGUCUACAUGACAUGCAGGAUAGAAGGAACAUCACAUCUUUUGAUCGACUUCAGCGACCAUCUACAGAUCUGCAUUUACUCGCUGGGCCGCACGUACCUCCGGUUGUCUCGGGAACUCUGCAUCAGCGUUCCAUCGAUGGAUCCGUGCAUGUACGUGCUGAGAUUCGCCAACAAGUUGGAUUUCGGCGACAAAACCCACGAGGUGUCGAUGACUGCGCUGCGACUGGUCCAGAGGAUGAAGCGGGAUUUCAUCCACACGGGGAGGCGUCCUUCCGGCUUGUGUGGAGCAGCUCUGUUGAUUGCUGCACGAUUCCACGAGUUCAACCGAACAGUAAAAGACAUAAUCAAGAUAGUCAAGGUCCACGAUUCCACACUAAAAAAGAGGUUAAAAGAGUUUGGAGAAACACCUUCCAGUUCUUUGUCUUUUGAAGAAUUCUUUACUGUGGACUUGGAAGAGGAGCAGGACCCUCCAGCCUUCAAAAUGGCACGUAAGAAGGAUAAAGAAAAAUUAUUGAAGUUAAUGGAGGAAGAAGAUGUGGAUGGAGAUCUGCUGAGCCUGAGAAAGGAGAUCGAGCAACAGCUGUUCGACACUAUGCCAGGCACAAAGUCCAGUAGAGGGAAGAGAACUAUUUUGUCAGAUUCAGAUUCAGAAAGUGAUGUGGAUACUCAAGAAGUUAACCAAUUUACUGACCAGUCAACUAUCGGCGUCAUCCAUGAAUGCCUGAAUGGAAGGAAUGACGAUGACAUAAUAAUCGUUGAGGAAGAUCCUUUGGCAGUUAAUGAAGUACCUGAAGCAGGCGAGGAUAACUCGUCUGCAACGAAGGGACUAGGCCCCGACAUCGCGAGCAUGGGUCUGGUCAGCUCCAUGCAGGAGCAGACGGCGGCGCCCGCGGACCAAGGAACGAGCGCGGCCCAAGGCCAGGGCACGGGCGAGCUGAGCCUCGACGGCAUAGACGACGCGGAGAUCGACUCGUACAUCAUGAGGAGCAGCGAGGCGAGCUUCAAGGACAGCUGCUGGAUGAAGAUCAACCAGACCUACCUCAAGGAAAAGAAAGAAAGAGAAGAGAAAAAGGCAAAGGAAAAAGAAGAGGGAAAGCCAGAGAAGAAGAGACGAAAAACAGGGCCACGAAAGAAAUUCAACCAGCCUUCAAAUUCAGCGGGAGAAGCUAUUGAGAAAAUGCUGCAGGAAAAGAAAAUUUCUUCUAAAAUAAACUACGAUGUGCUAAAGAGCUUGAAUGUUAAGUCUUUAGAAGUUUCCAAAACAAAGGAACCAGAUGCUAACGAAACUUUUGGUAGCAGUCCUCAAAAAGAAAGUGUCUCGCUAACAGAGAAGGAACCGAGGAGGAUACAGGAGGAUCCUGCCGAGCCGGUCGCAAAACCCACGCGUGCAGUUCGCUCAGCGCCAAACCUCGGCCGGGAGCGGAAGAGGCCAAGGGAAGUGGGGUUCCCGCUCCAAGCACCGGAGGAAGCAGAGGAGAAGGCGGCUGAGCCAGAAGUGCAGGAGGCCCCUCCACCAGCCGACUUCGAAGAAGGCGACGACUACGACGAAGACGAUGGCGGGGGAGUGGAGGCGGAAACCACAGAGCUGUCAGUGGCACAGAUGCUCAAGAGACAUACUGGCGACGACGACGAAGACUACGGUGGCUACGAUUACGAUGACUACUAGUCUGUCACACCACCAGGGCUGUCGAGAGGGUUGGGGGGGGGGGGGGGGGAGGCGGCAGUCCCUGGGGCCCGGUGUAUGUUUCGAAAUAUUUGUUUAAUGUGUGUUACAAGGUACAGGUCUUUUGCUAAUAAAAUCAGUUGGAAACAUCAUCAGGCAUGUGAUACAUGCAGAUCACCUUUACCUACAGUGAUGGCCUUGGUAACGUUAAUUUUUUUUUUUUGGGGUUUGAAAAUUUGUACAUUAAGUAACCGGGAGAGGGCUCAACUAAAUUAUUUACCCCGGGACCCUCAAGUUUUUCUCGACGGCCCUGUGACACCACUGUCUGAAUACUUAUGAUUCAGCUGUUACACUCUGUUUCAGGACUUUUUGACACAUGCUUCGGCGAACAUUUGAAACUUUCAGCUGUGUAUUGCGAUGUAAUAAACAAAACAAACUCAAGAUUCACGUAGCACCAGACUAGCUAAUCAUGUGUCAUUAAUUAUUUUGUUAAUUUUAUAAAAUUAUCCAGCUGUCAAUGUCUGAAUGUUCUCUUGAAGUCUUAUCGUGAACUUGAACAGAGUGUACAUUUUCCAUCACAUUCUAAUGUCUUCAAGCAUUUCAAUCAGGUUGUCUGCUUGAUUAAAUGAAUGAAUUUUUCAAGAAGUGUCUUGGUUAAACAUUCCACUUAUUCAGCCCCCAGUAAAAUUUAAAUUAAUAAAUUAAAAUUUAAAAAAAAUAUCUGAUAUUACACGAGCAGUGUGGAUGCUUGCUAGCUGCACAUUUCAUUUUCCCUCAUCAACUGUUAGCAGUCACAUGCAAGGUUGCACAUUUAGGUAACAACUCAUUUAUUCAUGCAAGUGCCAUGAGAGUUGAAAGUAUUCAAUUAAUUGUACAUUAUCUGGCACUGGAAAAAUUUUUCUGAAACAACUAUUUUGGGGCUUUGCAGUGGCGGAUCCAGGAUUUUGGUUUGGGAGGGGCUUGGCCCAUCUGAGGCUAGGCUUUAUCAAGGCAAACACUAAAACAAUAGUGGACCCAGAUGCUUUUGGAGGGGGCUUGAGCCCCUUAGGCCCCCCUCUGGAUCCACUACUGGGGCUUUACAUUACAUUUUGUUGUUUUACAGCAACUUUAAUUACUUUGUUAAAAUAACUUCAGAUAAACAAGCUGUAACAAGGUAAACUAGGUAUUCUUGAUUAUUUAUCUAUGUGUAUAAGAUAUAUAUGGCAAAAGAAGUGUUUAAUCUAUGUAUACUAUGUGAAGCUUAUUCACUGUAUUUUUUGUCAUCAAAGUAAAAUGUAAUUCUGUUAUGAUCGUAAGAACACUAAUAUGUAGAGACAAGAUUCUAUGGAUUGAUAUAUUUAGUCCAAUUUCAUUUUUAAAAAACAAGAUUUUGGUUUUAUUGUUUUUAUUUAUAUAAAAACUGUUUUUUAAUACUUACUCCACCAAAAUAGUGAUAAAAUUUACAUGCUGCAUUUUUGCUAUAAAAUAAUUUGUGUUAAAUUGGUCUAAAACAGAUACAUUCAGAACAGUAAAAUAAAUUAGCGAGCAUCAUUUGUGGUUGGAAAGUGAUUCAAUAAAAGGUGCACAAUAAAACAAAUUAAUUUAAUUUUUCUGAGCCAUGCACUUUGGUACAAAUUUUGUUCUGAAAAUAAUGACUACCCUUGAAUUUCAAACAUGAAAAGAUUACUUCUUUUAUGAUUUGAAUUAAGGUUUGGUUAAAUGCAAUUUAAUUCCAUUAUUUAACUUGCAUUUCGGUGUUAUAUGAUGUGCUUAUCGGUGUCAUUUCGGUUUUAUCGCAAUUUAUCAUAUAAUCUUGCCCCUACUAAUAUAUUAAGACUACCGAAAUUGCGUGUGUAAAAUCUGUGUGUAACUGCAGAUAAAUAGUGUAUUAUACUUCCUGUUGGAGAGUUUCGCUAGUGCUCAUAAAGGAAUUCAGAACAUAGUUUAAACCAAACUCAACCAAACAUUGCGUUCAGUUCCACAUCUUCGUGUUGAUGCUAGCCAGUCGUGUCUUCCAUCUGUUUCAAAAUUCACACUUGAUUAACCCCCACUUUGCAACUGCCGUGCGAUAUGGGUGAAUGUAACUAGAGGUCUGCGAGUAUUUGAAAAAUAUUUGAUAUUCGUAAAUAAUUUGAUGCUUAAAUCAAACAUUAUAAUCAACAAUUUUUUACAUUAUUUGUUUUCCUAUAGGGCGAUAGAUUCUGCAAGUGGGAUUCAUUAAUAAAAAAAUUCUAAUGAGAAGAGUGUAUGUAACAUGUAUGAGGGCAAGAAGGUUUUUUUUUUUUUUUUUUUAGAAAUUUGGAUUUAUUUUCUGAAACAAUAGUAUAUACAUGAUUUUUAUAUUUUCAAAUAAUAUGUAACUGUUAUUUAAAAUUAUUAAAAAUACUAAAUUUAAAUAUAUAUGAUAAUUUUUAAAAUCAAAACCCUUUCUGAAUUUGAAAUUUUCAUGGAUUGAGGAAAUUUACUGUUGAUUUCAUUUUAUUUUCUUGCAUUUUACACCACUCAAUUAUGGUUCCAUGUAUUUUUCAUCAAUUUUUUAGAACCCCGAGAAGUGUAAAAAAAAAUUUUAACUCUAUGUUUAAACUCUUGACUCGUAAACUUUUCAAUAUUCUUGAAUAAUUUGAUAUUUGACUCAAAACUCAAUUUGAAUGAAAAUAUCAGGAUUUACAUCUCCUUAUAGGAUUAUCUCUAAGAACCUCAGUCCAAGGACAUAUUGGGUCGGGCCACAUUACUAAGCAGGCCAGAGUUUGGCGAACUCUUCCCUGCAUGGCUUUGCAGCAGGACAUUUGUAUUUCAACACUAUCAGUGUUCAGGCCCAAACUGAGACUCACAGCUGCAAGCUAAUUUGAGUCUCCACUGUACCUACUUAUCAGGCGUUGGUAUAUGGAUGGCUGUACGUAAUGCUGUCAAAAUAUUUUUAAUUAAAUGACGUAAACUUAACAAAAAUGGUUGAAACUAAGAUGGCAUCUUUCAAUUAUGUCUCCUUAGAGAUAAAAAAAUUAAUAUUAUCAGAUGGGCUUGAUGAAUUACAGGAAAGUGUAUUUCCAAUUACCAUUUCUUUACAAAAUACAAUACAGUGGAAUCCGUUUAUAAUGACAUCGAAGGGAAUUGACAAACACGUCAUAAAAAGCGGACGUCAUACAAAGCGUUAUGUGAAGCAUAAAAACACGUGUACAAACAUGAUACAUAUAUGUAAAUAUUUUUCAUUUUUAAAUUAAGAAAUCUGUAAUUUUUGUCUGCUUUUGUUUUUUUUCUUUUAAUUUUAUUGUAAUAACAGUCUCUAAUACUAUUGUGUACAGAAGACAUCGCCAUGGUCAAAUUACUAUCAUUUUCAAUAUUGCUAUGAACAACUAUUGAUAAUAAUUCUGCAGCCUUUAAUGCCCCUUCUGCGGUAGGUAAUGGUGCUUCCUCGACUUCCUCUUCCCUUUCUCCAUCACUUUCGAGGUGUUCCCUAGCAUUAAUGUUCUGUACAAUAUUUUCAUCGGUGGGUUCUUGGGAUGUGAGAAGAGCACUAUCGAUGUCAACAUAAUCUUCCCACAUUUCCGGUGCUGCUAAAGAAUCCGAAUUUAGGUUCCGUGACCACAUAGAUAAAGGGACGUCAUCUUCUUCAUCAAAUUCAUGUUUUGCUGUUUGAACAGGUAAACCGUCGUGGUUUCCAAUGAAUCCAGCAUGUUUGAAACAGUUGUGAAUGGUACUUUGUGACAUUUUAUUCCAGGCAUCAUUAACCAUCAGAAUUGCAUCUAGCACCGUUAUUUUCGUAGAAGAGUUAUUUUCAUUAGCAUCAAGACAAUUAAUUAUUUUGAGCACAAGGUUAUUUUUUUAAAUUAGUUUUGAGUGAUUGUAUUAUUUCCUGAUCCAUUGGCUGUAGUACUGAUGUUGUAUUCGGCGGAAGGAAAGCAAGUGUUAUAGACUUUAAAUCAGUAACUUUUGGAUGCGCUGGGCAAUUAUCAACCAGCAAUAAAAUCUUUUUCUUCUUCUUCACCAAAUCAUGAUCCCAAUUUUGAAGCCAUUUUUCAAAAAUCUCCGACGUCAUCCAAGCUCUACGAUUGUUAGCAUAAUCGACAGGUAACGAUUUGACACUGCUAAAACAUCUUGGUUUUUGUGACUUUCCAAUAACGAGCAAUUUCUUUUUCUCUGUGCCACUCAUAUUUGCUACUACCAUGACAGUUAUUCUGUCUUUCGAAAACUUGCCUCCACUACAAUUCUCACCUUUAAAUUUCAAAGUUUUGUCCGGCAUCAAUUUGUAAAACAGUCCAGUUUAAUCAGCAUUAAAAAAUCUCAUCAGAAAAUUGUGGUCGUAGAUUCGGUCACACAGACGUCAACUAUUUUGUUGUUGAAUUUUGAUCAACAGACGAAGAUUCACCGACAAUUUUUCCCGCCACAAUGUUAUGUCGAACUUUAAAACGACUGAUCCAGCUUGCAGAACAAUUGAAGUCGAGAAUACGAAAACGUGUGGCAAAAAUAUUUGCCUUUUCCUGUAGCAUAGGGCCGCUGACAUGUAUUCCCUUGUUUCUCGUGAUUUUAAAACACUGAAUUAAUGCUUGAUCAGCAUUUUCUUGUCGCGACUUUCGAAGCCUCUUCGGUUUCAUAACAUUUGAAUUGAACGAUUGCUUAAUCCGGUUCUUGUUUUGAAAAUCAUUGAGAUUGUCGAAUGACCCAUGCCAAAUCCCUUUCCUCAAUCGUAAAUGCUUUACGGCGUUGAGAUGACAUUUUUUCCACAGGAUAUCACAAACAACAAUGCGUGACCUUCAAGUGUCAAUUACUCACUGAGGUUCAAAACAAAAAUGAGCCAAGUCAAGUUUAGGAAAUUACUGACAUGAAGACAGAGUGAUCAUUUUGAAUGAAUAUGUUUUUCCCUCAACCUAUGCUAAACCAAAUCAAUGGUAUCAGUAUUAUUUUAAUAUUAUUUUUUUAUCACUGAUUUUUAUGUCAACUAUUAAUGUUAUUUGAAUAAAAAUUCUUUAACAAAAUGUUAAGUAGUUUUCAAAUAAGAACCAGAUUUCUCAAGAUAUUGAUGCACAUUCUUGCAAAAGAUAGGCAUGACUCAAUACGGAACCUCCAAGCCAAUUGAGUACCGUACUGAUGCAAUGCUCAUAGCCAUGCUGGGCAUUGAUCAAACCCUAGACCCAGGCCACAUGCAUGUAAUGCCCAGUGAUAACACACACUUGUUAGGCUUGCUGUGUUCUGCUAUGCUGUUUAAACACUACUGGCCACUAUAACAUAAGGUUACCACCUUCACUUUAAGCACUAUGUUUUGCCACCUUAAUGUGGAUUUAAAAUUUAAAAAAAAAGUGCAUCACUGUUCAUGCUCAGAUUGAAUUAAAUUAUUUGAAAUUGCUUAGAAUGUAUGUGACAAAACCCACAAGAUCUUUGUACUGAACUGUUACUGAAUGUAAAACAAUAUUAGGUAUUAUAAAUUCAAAUUACAUACAUAUAUGCUUUGAAAUGAGAAAUUCUUUUGUAAUAAGGUUUGCCAGUAUUAUUAUUGUUUGAGUGUUUUUACUUUAAGUUUGGUUUAGUUUGUUAAAAUUAAAAAAAUUAAUUUUCACCCAUCUCUAGAUUUGUUAAACUAUUCUAGAACUGCAAGAAUUCAUUAGGUACUAAACUAUGUAAUUAUUUAUGUAUAUUUUUGUAUGCUCUCUUAUUAUUAUUUAUAUUAUAUGUGAUUAUGUUCUUGAAUAAAAUAAGUUAUAGUACAAA